AUGAACGUGCUAGAAGAAGAACUCCCCGAAACGACGACAGAGGAUAAAUUACGUCGCCUCGUGUCGUUAUUUUCAAACAAGAGUCUCGAUGAAAUCGAUAUGACCUUCGAUAUUCGAAAAGAUGUCAACGUCGACCACAGCUAUUUUUACGAGGUCAUAGCUGGAGCGAUCACAUAUCACUUCAAAUUGGAAACUGACGCCGAAACAGUGGAGACAUUUUCAACGUUACGAGAUAUAGUCGACUACGUGGAAUGCCAUCAAUAA